AUGAAUACUGGCGAGAAAUCAAGUUAUUUUUAUUGUGAUGUUUGCAAUCGUACAUUCCGACAUGGAACUUAUCGCUACAAUUGUACCAUCUGUAGAAAUUACGAUCUAUGCGCAGAAUGUGUAACGAUACAAAGUCCACCACAUCCUCAUCCAUUCGUUGUUGAACUGGCCUUCGGCGAAGGUGAAAAGAAAGUCUGUACAGAUGGAGGCAUGCGAGCAGCUAUUUAUAAUGCUAUGGAAAUGUAUUGUGAUCGACACUGUCUGGGUGUGCGUGAUAUCGACAAAGAUAAUCCAGAGAACUAUUCUAAUUCUUAUUCCUGGUUAACAUACAAGCAGAUAGGUGAUCGAGCGAUCAAUUUCGGUCAUGGAUUGAGACGAUUGAUUGAACCACGUAGUUAUCUUGCUAUCUGCGCCUCGAAUAGACCAGAAUGGGUUAUUACUGACUGGGCAUGUCUAUUCCACGAUAUUGUUAGUGUGCCAAUCUACGCUUUAACAAGUGAUCGUGAUACAACUUUUAUUCUUAAUAAUACAGCAGUGUCUGUUGUCGUUUGUGAUAAGCAAAUGUUACCGAAAUUCCUUAAGGUACAUUCCGAAUGUCCAUCACUUCGGCAUAUUAUCUAUAUGGAUUCUGUAUCUCCACUCGUUUUGGAUCAGUCUCCUACGGUUCAGAUUCAUUCUAUGAACGUUCUCGAACAGGCGGGUCUUCAUCAACAAUUUUCAUAUCCAAUUGCUCAACCAGCUGACUGUAUCACGAUUAUCUAUACCAGUGGAAGUUCAGGUUUUCCAAAAGGAGUGAUGAUAUCGGAUAGCGCUUUGCGAGCUGUUUUUCCUGGAUAUCCAUCUCCUUACUCCGGUGAAUCGAUCAUGCUGUCAUAUCAACCUUUAUCAUGGUAUGGUGGCCGUAACAGCUUAUAUGGAACAUUUUUAUCGGGUGGACGUGCAGGAUUUUCUACGAGUGAUCCCGCUCGACUCAUGGAGGAACUUGCUCUCGUGAGACCCACACUAUUUCCAGCUCCGCCAAGUAUCUGGAAUAAAAUUUACUCCGAAUUUAAAACAGCGCUUUCAUCCGUUCCUACCGACGAUCCACAAGUAUAUAAACAAAAAGAAGAAGAACUUCUUCAAGAAUUUUCUCGGCUUAUUCCACGCCGAUGCGAUUUAAUUGCAAUUGUUGGAGCAUUGAUCAGUCCUACUAUACUUGACUUUAUCAAACGAUGCUUCAAACAGUGUCGAAUUGAGGAUGCGUAUGGAAUUACCGAAUGCGGUGGUAUUGCGUUCAAUAAUGAACUAACGCCUUCUAUCUCCUAUCGUGUUGAAUCUGUUCCUGAAAUGGGUUUUACUACCGAUGAUAAACCGUUUCCACGUGGUGAACUUCUAACGAAAACUCCUCAAAUGUUCUCUGGUUAUGUGAACAAUCCUCAAGAAACACGAGCAGCUUUCACAGACGAUGGUUUUUUUCGAACUGGCGAUAUUGUUGAACUACGUCAAAGUUCAUCGAAACAACCUGAAAUUCGUAUUCUUGAUCGAAAGAAAAACUUUUUCAAACUUGCACAAGGACAAUUCGUCUCGCCGGAGCAUUUGCAAGGCGUCUUCACACAGAGUUCAUUCAUCGAUCAGAUCUAUAUUCACGGUGAUCUUCUGGAAGAUGGUGUCACCGCUGUGAUCGUACCAAACAAAGAACUCGCUCAAACAUUUGCCAAAGAGAAUCACAUUAUUGAUUUAGAAUCCGAUCCAAAGUUUUACAAUAUCAUUAUGCGUGAAUUGCUCUCUAUUGGUUCGAAAGAAUCGCUUCGAAAACAUGAAAUUCCAGUACGAAUCAUCAUUGAUUUUGAACCAUUCUCUGUGGAAAACGGUCUUCUUACAUCAUCAAUGAAACCAUGCCGUCCAAAACUGGCUGCAAAAUAUAUUGAUCGUCUGAAAACAACGAACAGUUUAGAAAAUCGUUUGAAAUCAAUCAUUGAAACAGUAACCGGUGAAACAUUAUCAACCGACAAUGACAUCGGAUUUUUAACCAGCGGUGGUAAUUCGUUAACAGCCAUACGUUUAUCUCGCAUGAUUCGUGAAGAUCUUGGUGUCAGUCUCCCAGUGAAUGUUUUAUUUGAACCAGAUAUGAAUCUAAAACGUUUAACAGAACUGGCUCGAAAUCCCACAUUUACAUCGGACGAUUCCAUUAUUAGUCGAAUGCUACAUGAUGCAGUACUUGAACCUACGGGUAUUGCUGGAAAAGCAAUAAAAACAGUGAAUUCUCCAUCGUUAGUUUUCAUAACUGGCACAACAGGAUUCGUCGGUGCAUUCUUACUUGCAGAAUUACUUCGAAAGUAUCCUGAUCAUUGUAAAUUCGUAUGUUUAGUUCGAUGUUUAGCAUCAGUCGAUCCGAUGAGUCGAAUUCGAGAGAAUCUCCGUUUUCUUCAUUUAUGGCAAGACCAAUAUUACGAACGCAUCGUGCCUCUUCGUGGUGAUCUUGCCCAAUCGAAAUUCGGGCUUGAUGAUGCAACGUACGAUGCACUCGCCCAACAAACAGAUGUUAUUUUCAGUUGUGGUGCGUCAGUAAAUUUCGUCCUUCCCUACAAUCAACUCUACGGCGCAAAUGUUUGUGGUACUCGCGAAAUGAUUCGUUUGGCGACUCAUACAUCCUACCUUAUUCCUGUACAGUAUAUUUCCACUAUAAGUGUCUUAUCGUCAGGGAUUGUGGACGAAGUACACAUCGAUCAGAUUGCGCCUAAUAGUUUAACCAAUGGUUAUGGACAAACGAAGUGGGUAGCAGAGAAACUAAUGGCUAAAGCUCAACAUCACGGUUUGCCUGUUGUUAUCUACCGUUUAGGUUCGAUGUGUAGUGAUAGUACCACUGGAGCAUGCAAUCCCUACGAUAUCAAUACGAUUAUAGUCGCUGCUAGUCUGAAGACUCAUUGUUACCCAGUGGGGUCUUUGAAUAGGAAAUUAUAUACACUACCCGUCGACUUUGCUGUAAAAAGUAUUGUUCAUUUAAGUAUGACUCGUUCGGAUAUUUACGAAAAUGUUUAUCAUGUUCUGCAUCCAAAUGGUGGAGUACCAUUCAAGAGUGUCAUUGUCAAUGCCGAUAAAGGUCAUAUAAAAAUGGAUGAAGUUUCUCUUGAAGAAUGGAGAUCAAGACUCGUCAAACAGACAGUAUCUAAUCGUUCACUCGAAUCACUUGUUGACUUUCCAUUAGGCAAUUUAUUCAUUCAUGAAUCUCCUCUAUCUUCCAAACAAUUCUAUGCCAUCGUUUCUGAACAAGAUAUUCCAAUCAUGGAUGAUACAUAUGUUACUAAAUGGCUGACAUUUAUCCUCGAACAUGUCAUCGAUCAAUAA